CCUCCGGCUAUCUACAUAAUACAGUUUAUAAAGGAAAAAGCUUAAAUAAAUUCAAUAGCGAGUGAAGCGGGUGAGACGUGGCUGUUGUGUUUCCGGGCCGCUCGUAGCCUCGGGAUGCUUUUGCUAAACUCAACUGUCAACAGGUUAAUACCUCCAUCUGCUUUUCAGCAAAUCAUAAAUAAUAUAAGGGAGUCUGAAUGUUCGAAUAACACAUAUGAACAUGCUCGGCGUCCUGCACUGGAGCCAGCGCAUCCAGACAAUCAGAGACGCCUCACCGGGUCAGACGGAUUAAGAUGAGGACUCACGUGCUCAGGUGAGAUUUUUUUUUUAAAUUUACUUUACUUUUUAUCCUGUUUGAAAGCUUUGAAUCGGUCUAAAAAGUAAAAAGCACGCUCAGCGUUCUCAUGACAAACAGCCCCAGCUGAGUGUCACAGGCCAAGUGAGAGCCUAUUAACAUGCUACCUGCCUUACCUGAACCAGUUUCUAUAGAAACACACACGAGGGUGGGAGAUUUUGCACUCACCUUUGAGCUUUGGUAAACAACAGGAAGUUCCCUGGUGAAUCAACUGGAACCCGGAGCAUUAAUCCCCCUCGCUGCCCGCUGGAGGACAUGAGAUGAUCUUUUAGGGCGCAGGAAGGACAUUUGAGUUUCAGAUACAGAGAGAGAGAGAGAAAAAAAAAAUACAGCCUUGUUAGGAGGAUACAGGUACCGGCGGGCCAAGGGAGGCGGCUCAAGAUAGAACCGGGCAUGUUCUUGAACACGGCUUCUCCCCGGAGGUCGUUUAGCAUCCCCAUUAACAUCAACCUGCACGGCGCUCGCAGGCGGCAGACACGGGAGAUCCAGCACACAUCGGCGACGCAUGAGCAGGAGAGGAGCCAAAGAGGGGACGGUGGGGGACCCGAGGGGGCCCGGAGUCAGAUGCCUACGUCUAGUGUCGGAGAAGAGCGAGCCAUCUUGUUGGGCUUCACCAUGAUGGCUUUCUCUGUGCUCAUGUUCUUUGUGGUCGGCAUUACCACGGUCAAGCCUUACAUCGACAGGUACGCUGGUGUUCACAUCCAAGCUGUCAGUGGGGCUGAGAUUUUACAUCUUGCUGGGAGGAGGCUAGCUGUGUCCUGCCUCAGACUGAUAUCCUGUGAAUUCGUCUUCCUUCCAAACGAGCGGAUCCCGAGGCAACAAGCGACUUGGAUUGUUUUUCUUCUGUUCCAGUGUUUCUAUCUCCCCAAGUGCCAACUGGACAGAAAAGGGCUUCAGGACGAAGUGCAGAAAGUAAAAAAGUGGGUGGACGGCCAGCUGAAGAACAGCUCUAUGUGUUUCAGUGACCAAAAGGGGCACCCCAACCAUGUCAUCCUGAACAGGAAGUACACCCUGCGGAGAGCGCUGUUCGGACUGUUGUGGCCCUGUCUGAUGCUGGGUGGCGGAUCUUUAUUGGUGGGACUUGUGAAGCUGACACAGUGCUUGGCCCGUCUGUCCACUGAUGUGAGAAGUUAUUCCAGAGGAGGAAAGCAGAGUUUGAAAUACACUCAGGGCAAAAUGUACAAACUCCUCCGGAGGUCAAGCAUGCAAUCUGCCUUGUGACUUAUGGUGGAACACACACCGAUUGAAUUUGAGGAAGUGAGACAUUUUGGGGUCUUUGAGAUCACAAAAAAAAAAAAAAGGUUGAAAAAAAUGGUUGACAGAACCACUUGACUGGUCAAAACAUCAAAGGAGUUUACGGUUUAAAUCCCCAUAGAUCUACAUAUUUCUAAAUCCUGUUAUACCUGAGGAGCUGAUAAUUAACUAGGUCGGGCCUAAUCUGAUAAAAUCAAAACCUUAUGCUGAUUAUUUAAUUUCACUUCAGUUUAAGCCAAUGGUGGUAAAGUAAUAGAAAAAGAAAAGAUCUGUCAAGUCUAAAUAUGCUCUACCAGUGAUGCCUUAAUGUUGUUCUGUUGUGUAUAAAGUACCAGGACUGUAAAGUUGAUAUUACUCUGUGUACUAUACUACUAUACCGCAAAAACACAGUGUACAUAAUAAUCAUGCUAAUAUGUUAGGCUAGCCUGGAGCCUGCUGCUUUACAGUAAAGCU